GUGACGGUUUCGCGUAGCUGCGCAUCGCACAUUCUUUCCACGAUAGAGAGGAGCCGCUGGAACAAAGCGCAAUUGCUCCGCUACCAACAUCGCCCCUGCAAGCUUCCCCACAAUGUCCUGAACACCCAUACUUCGAUAGCUGCGGCAUCAGAGAACAAAACCUUCGCUUCCUCACAGGAGAAGUCCGUCACGUUUGCGAACGACAGCAGGCAGACUCAUAACGCACUUCUCAGCCUGCGAUUGCCCGCGAGAGCGUAAUGUCAUUCCCAACAACGCCCAUUGCCAAAUUGACUGGCCACGCCGGCCUCGUUCACGCAGUCGCCUACUCCUCAGGCUCCCAAACCUACAUCUUAACCGGCUCGUCCGACCGCACAAUCCGUCUUUACAACCCGUCGAAAGCGCCGCCUACCUCUACCGCCCCAACAUCGUCCUCGCAACGACCCCCCGGCCUCGUGAACAAGUACACAGCGCACGGGUAUGAAGUCCUCAGCAUCGACGUGAACUCGGCCAAUGACAAGUUUGUCAGCACGGGCGGAGACAAGACAGUGUUCCUGUGGGACGUGCAGACAGCGCAGACGAUACGCAGGUGGACUGGUCAUGCUGGACGUGUGAAUCGCGGCGUGUUUGGAGGUGAGAGCGACAGUAUCGUAGCGACGGGCUCGUUCGAUGGCACCGUCAGGGUUUGGGAUACAAAAUCCAACGCAUAUAAGCCCAUCAUGACCUUGUCAGACGCAAAAGAUAGCAUCUCUGACGUCGCGAUACACGACGCGGAUAUCAUAGCAGCGAGCGUAGACGGCCGUGUCAGGAGUUAUGAUAUCAGGAUGGGCACGUGUCAGGUUGAUGUCGUGGGACCGAGCUGUACGAGUUUGGCCGUUAGCAAGAAGGGCACAGAGCUUCUGGUCGGUUCGUUGGAUUCGACCGUCAGGCUCAUGGAUCGUACCAACGGCGAAUUGCUCAAAACGUACAAGGACGAUGCUUUUCUGAACAAGGACCUAAGAGUCAGAAGCACCCUUGGUUUGAACGACAGCGUGGUCAUUAGUGGCAGUGAUGACGGGAUGGUCUUUGCGUGGGACAUGUUGGAGGGGACAUGCCUGCACAAAUUCAAACAUUCCGACAUGAGGGAGGUAAGGGGUCCGGCGCCCGUACUAGUCACGAAGGCCAAGAAGGAUGUAGUAUCCGCUGUGGCCUUCUGCAAGACGAGGCGGGAAUGGUGUAGUGGUGGCGGCGAUGGCAACGUUGUUGUCUGGGGCAUGGGAACCUGAACAGUGAAGAUGCAUUGUUCGGCCAUUCAUGAUACCCUGAUAGAAGCACUCUGGGUUUACAAAGUAUCAACAAUCUUGGCUUCGAAUCCGGCUGUAAGCUUCGCGGUGCUCAUGAGCGAUCAUGUCUCGUCAUGCCUGCUCACUUGCAUGCCUUUACUUCCUCGACAGCCAAGUGCAGGUGUUUGGGCUCUUCGUUGCAAUGUUGUGAAUAUGCCUCAUACUUGAUGUCCAAGUCGCCUCAUGGCCCGUGAACGUCACGGGGAAGGACAAGAUGUGCAUAGUUCCAAGCUAGAAAGUGUCGUGGUAGACAGAUAGUGUUGUAUUCAAUAAACGUAUAUGGC